CAAUACCGAGUCUCGAGGAAGAUGGUUCAUAACAAACCUGUUUUCACGGUCACGCAUCCCGCUGGGCCGAUCGAGCUUCAUCUUCAGGCCGCACGCGGUGAUGCGACAGGACAAAUUCUUCUCGACAACGAAGACGAUGUGCGCGCGUCGACGGCCAGGGGGGCGGCCGCCGCGCACGUCUCGGGUUCAGACCGGCCGCCUGCUGCGAGUGGAUCAUUCGGUGCAGGAGGUGGUCGUGCUGAGCAAUAUAAAUUCACCAAUCCCGACGCCAUCGAAGCGCUCGAGGAGUUGAGCAAAGAACCGAGAGCCACACCUCCAUCCAGCAAAUGGCGCUGGGCAGCAUAUGAGGUUCUGGGUCCGGAGCCGACCUCGGCCCACAGUUCAGGAAACUACACUGGUCGCCCUCGUGGUCUUCACCAAUUUUUGCGAGGCGACUCGCUCAUCAUUCUCACACGACCAGGUUCAGCGAAAUCUGAUGGGUUUCACCUGUCCGUGCGCAACAUUUCCGACCCGAGACUCCGCAUUGGCAAGCCAAAAUAAAGUCCAUGCCACGCUGCGUUACCGGACCGAUGUGUUUGCGGAUUUUGUUAUUAGGCCUCGUGACACAAAGCCGGGGGCCGCGGUCGUGCCUCAACAUCAUGCGGCUGGAGGUGCCAGCAGUAGUACUGCACAACCCUCCACGGUCCUUCGGCGGGCUCCGGAACUGGAAGUCGCGCGAGGGGGGAGUGCAAUUGGAAGUCCUUUUCGGUCUUAUAUUCCGCACGAGCAAGAACUGGCGUGGACAAUGACCGCUCCGCGGCAUUUCGACGACGCGCAGGAGGUUCAGCCACUGCAAAUCCUCUUUGUGCGGGAACUGGCGACGAAAGGUAGAAACCCUGAGGCCUCCUCGUCCUCGACCUGCGCCUUCCGUAGUAGGGCGAUUCAUCUCGAUGGGGAUACGAUCACCUCUUCCGGCACCGCCGAACCCGGGGUGACUAGCAGCGUCAGUAAGCGAGGAAACAAACCCUUGCAGGAGAUUGUGGACCGGCAGAGUAGACGCUCGUCCUGUUUAACGAGGACUAGAAGUACAACACCGUCUCGCAAUCACGUAAAUCUCGAGCUGCACCGCUUCGUGAAAGAUUGGCGCGACCUAGGUCUUGUAAGACUGCCUGAGGAAGAUCAACCUGCUGACCUUGUGGGAAACCCGAACCACAAUGACCCGAGCCUGCAAGUCUGCAUUAAAAGCUACGUUAAGUAGGUUGAAGCUUAGGUCCUAGUUGUACUACAAGCACACACGACGACGACCACGACGGGGGUCGUGCGGCAGGUGGAGCCGAGACUGGUCGACGUGGAUCUGGAUGUUAAGUAAUUCAUACAGAGCCUCGAGCUCGACGCAUACGAAGUUUUUUCUGCUCGUUAUCUGUAUAUUACUUUUCAUCGUUCUAUCGUUUUUGUUUUUUGCAAUUUUAAUUUUUGCUAAGUUGUAUGAUCAAGAAUUUAGGAAUAGCUGCUUUAUCGUCCUGCCUUUGCUCGACGUGGCCUGGCCAGUUUGAUGCACCGUUUCUUUCUCAAGAACAGCUGCACGAGCACAAUUUUAUUCAGGACCGUGAAAUAAAAUGCGGCAAGAUCGUCUACUAAAUUAUACUAGGGCACCAUUAGGCAGCCACAUAUGACAACGUAGUAGGCACGCUCAAGCAUUCUACAACUACCCUACGCGUUUUUUACAACAACUAGCGUGGUUGUAGUACCAAGCUCGUCGCGGGCAACACUUGUUUCCCUAGCGGAAAUCUAGUAGUUGCCCUCGAUGUCAUACUUUCGCACAGCAAUAACAUCGCGAUAAGUAUUCAAAUUUAGAAAGUUAGUCACAUCUACUUCAGAAGUGCGUUUUGUAGUUUUCAGUACGGAGAAAUUCAUAUUACUAGUAGCUCGUCGAGGAUCUUCAUCGUCUGUACCACUUGGAGCUUCUGUACCACGUUCUUGCAUGGAUUCGUCUAGAAGUAAACGCUGAAGUAGGUUAUUUAUUGCCAGAAAGCAGAAAAAAGACAAAAAAAACGAAAGCUACAUUUGAGGUUCGCGGCCUGCUGCCCAGUUUGCACGGUUUCUCUCAUCUCAACAGCACGAACAACUACACGAUCUUCUUCAGUUUUGAGAAAUGUUGAAACCGGCAAAUGGCUUACACUCCCACUGGGCUGUGGUCCACGACCUCGCUUCGCGGAUUUUUUGAACUUGUUACACGUGUAUGAUUAAGUUUGUUUCUAACAAGAAUUUGCUCAUCGUGCAUGAUGACGUUCAACUUCAAAACAAAUAUCGUCUCCUACAAGAAC